AUGGUGCGCGGCCUGGCGCCCGGCCUCACCUACGUGUUCCUCGUUCGCGCCGAGAACAGCCACGGCCUGUCGCCGCCCUCCAACCUGUCCGAGCCCGUGGCCCUGGGCACGCUCGACGCCAUGGCCAGCGGCGCGGCGGACACCUCCAACGACGUGGACGCCGACCUGGAGGAGGCCCGCGACAGCCUGCUGACGGACCAGGCCGUGCGCCUGCUCGACGCCGCGCCCAACAGCUCCACCUCCGUGCGCCUCAGCUGGGAGAUCCUCAGCCCCGCCCACGUGGAGGGCCUGGUGCUGCACUGGCGGCCCAUCCUGGCGGACGACGCGGUGCACGUGGGCCCGGACCUGGGCGGCGCGAGCGGCGGCAGCGGACGCGGGAAGGCCGCCGGGGACGCCGUCGGCGGCCCCGGGUCCGUGACGGUGCUGCAGGCCGGCAAGGCCUCCGGCUUCCUCGUCAUCUCGCUGCGCCCCUACACCACCUACACCUUCUUCGCCGUGCCCUUCUACCGCGGCGUCACCGGACAGCCGUCCAACUCCAAGUCGGCCACCACCCUGGAGGACGUGCCCACGGAGCCGCCGAGGAACGUCGACGCCAUCCUCAUCAACUCCACCGUGGUGUACAUCAAGUGGGACCCGCCGCCGGGCCCCGCCGUCAACGGGGAGCUCACGGUGUAUCAGGUCGCGGUGCAGACGGCAGACGGCGUAUCCGAGCCGCCCUUCGUGGUGUCCAACAGCACGGUGCUGGCGUCGGCGCCCUCUGUGCUGCUGUCCAACCUGACGGCCGGCGUGCCCUACGUGGUCACGGUGGCCGCGUCCACGCACGUCGGCUGGGGGCCCUGGUCCGCGCCGCAGCGACUCAGGGUGCAGCCCAAGGGCCACUCCCACAGGCACGCCGUGGACCCGGGCGUCCGUGGCACGGGCGGCGCGGGCGGCGACCACGGCCCGGGCGGGCUGCCCGUCGACAACCCGGACGUCCUCACGCAGACGUGGUUCGUGGCGCUGCUCGGCUCCAUGGUGACCGUCAUGGUGCUGCUGUUCGCCGCCAUCCUCCUGGUGUGGCGCCGCCAGCAGCAGCGCAAGUCCAGCAUGCUGGGCAACAUCUACGGAUCCCGGUCCAACGGCGCGGUGCUGGUGACGCCGCUGAGCUUCAAGCCCGAGGACAGCCUGGGCGGCCUGGGGGGCCUGGGGGGCCUCGGGGGGCUCGGCAUCGUGCCCCCUGGGGGCUCCAAGCCGCUGCUGCUGUCCAGCCAGGACGCGUCGCUGUGGAUUGAGAAGCGCCUCGCCGACCAGGUGGGGCCCGGCGCGGCGGGGUGGCGGCUCUCUGACGUGUCCGCCGGGCCGCCCGGGUCCUCCCUCCAGGGCCACCAGGCCCACCAGGCCGCCAACCUGCCCGACUACUCCGAGGUCGUCAGGCUCAUGGCUGGCGACGGCCAGAACCCCAGGCCAGAGUGCGUGGCCAACCCCAUGCCGGACUACGCCGAGGUGAACGCCAGCCCCUACGCCAUGACGUCCUUCCACGGCUCCUGCCGCUACGACGGCAGUGGCGGCAGCUGCAGCGGCAGCGGAGGCAGUGCUAGCUGCAACAGCGGUAGCAGCGGCGGCAGCGGCGCGGGUGGAGCGGACUGCGCGCCCGCGCACACCACCUCCACCUCCAGCGACAACACCACGCCCUACGCCUCCACCACGCUCGUCGUGCGCUCCAGGCCCAACGCCGCGCCCAUGAGUUGGGAUUACGGCAUGUCGAGGCCGCAGCAGCAGCAGCAGCAACAGCAACAGCAGCAGCAGCAACAGCAACAACAGCAGCAGCAACAACAGCAGUCCGAUCAGCAGGCAGGCUACAGCGGGUCCUGUUGCUUGCAAGGCGAGGUCUGCUACUCGGAGAGCUGCUACAGCAACAACGAAUACGAAGAGUGCAGAGCAGGCGGGUCGGUGCGCGGCUCGGAGCCCGAGUACGCGUACUCGUGCGCCUCCGUGGCCCUGGGCGGCAGCCACGGUGGCAGCAGCCACGGCGGCCACGGCGAGAACGUGCAGCGUGCCAGGUCGGCGCUCGACUACCGGGACAUGCAGGACUACCGCGGCCCCUCCGCGCCUCGCCCCGCGCCCCCGGGACACGCCCUGUCCGCCGUGUCCGCCUCCACCCUGCGGCGGGUGCGGCAGCUGCGCAUGCUACGCCCGAACCCCCAGCAGCCUGGCAACAACUACUCGCGGUCCCAGCAGAUGGCGGGCGUCAAGCGCCCGCACCAGAGCAACCACGGGCAGCAGGGCCACCACGGCCAGGGCGGCCACGGCCAGGCCGGCCAGGACGCCGUCAAGGACAACCUGCGGGGCUCCAACGGCGGCCUCCACGAGCCGCAGUGGCGCUCCGUCCGCGUGGACAGCCGCUGAGCUCCACAGACUCUUUCUCCAAAGUUUUAAAAAAGUGAAGUGACGUUUCUCUGUGCUGCGCCUGGACAGUGUAGUGAACCAGAUGUUAGUCUGUAGCGCGACUGCCGCCAAGAGGCUCGUCGCGGUUCUAGUCAAAAUGUGCCAUAAAAAUUGAAGGGGGCGCUGUCCUCGGAUUGUGUUAAUUCUACUGUAAAUAGGUUCUAGUCUGUGUUCCUGCCCUUCCCGUCGUUAUUCGUACUUCCAAAAUUUAGAUUGUAUCAUGGGCUCUAGUUUAGAUUGUACAUAAGCAGUCGUCUCUUUGACAUAUCAACAAACAUUACUUUGGAAGUCUCCGACUGCGUUGGGGGUUUCUCUGACUGAUAUACCAUCAGCCUCCUAGAAAAGCCGAAAAGCCUUUCCCUGACUGAUGAAAUGUUAAUUAAACAAGGCUUAUUACAUGACUGAAACUUGUACAGCAGACAAUACAUGUAUAUUGUGAAGUUUCAUCAGAACCUGCGCUGACGAUCUUGUAUGACCAGUGUAAUAGUUACAUUGUGUAUUGAAUAGUAUAGAUGUUGCUUUCUGUGGUUGGAACUUGGUUGCGAUACGUUGAAAGAAAUAUUAAUGGAGUUCUUGCUAUGAAGUAGUAGUGUAAGGAGAUCGAACCCGAUUGAUGUAGUGGCACGAUCGUAAAUUGAUGACUUCGUUAGAAAUAAACUACACUAAUAAACUUAUUAAGUCUAUUCCACAUAUUACGUAAGACAGAUGUUAAGGCUGGAGUGUAAAUUCUCUUUUUUGGCUUUUGACUGUUAUCUCAAAUCAACUGUCUUACGACAGGUUGAUAUAAUUUUUGUAUAAAAUUCGAGCCUUUUGUUUAAUGCAUUGCAUGAAACGAUGCACACAUAUCUCAUUGUUGAUAUUUUGUAUUGUAACAGGAUGAUAAUUUAUCUAGUAGUACCCUUGAGUUUUAUGUCAUUUCAUGAAAUGAGAUCAGUAUUAUUAUAAUUUAAUUUCUUUGUACCUGUUAAUAAUAAACGCCUUGUUUAUUACUGCUA